UGACCUGUCAAGUAGACGGACCCAUAUUGUGUUUGAAGAGAAAAUGGGGCUCCUAAUUAUCCUUCCCUUUCUGUUAAUCACGUCUGCUCAUCCAAUAGAAGACAUGAAAAUAACAGAAGCCCAGAAGAACACAGAAACAAGUACAGAAGCGCUUCCCAUAAACACAGAAGUACUUCGGAACAAUGCAGAAGCGCUUGAGAAUAGUACAAAAGCGCUUCGGGACCCUACAGAAGUACCACAAAGUACAGAUGCGGCUCCGUUACCAAUUAACAACAUGGAUAUUAACUCUGAUGAACUUCCUGAAUAUGUAGUCAAGGAUUGGACGGAAGUAUCCUAUAUCCAGCAUUUUAGGAACACCAUGGUGGCUUAUGUGCAGUCACAGUAUAACAAUUUUACAUUGCGGGAAACUGCAGAGGUUAACGACGUUAUAGAUACUUUUUUGAGACGUUUUGCCAUGGACCUACGAGACACAAUUGAGAGCCAAGAAAAGGGCCAAACGGUCAUUUUGGAAUAUUAUCCAAUCCGAGAUGGCGUCCCCGACGAAACAUUUGCAGAUAUAAAAAACACAUUAAGGAAGGAAUUCCCUGAUAUAACUGAAACUACGGCCAAUGAAAUUAUUUUCAAGUUAAGGAGAAACCUAUUGAACGCAAGAAACAAACUAGAUGAGAUUAUUAGAAGAUCAAAGAAAGCUCAUCGUGAAAUGUCUUCACAUUAAUGUUGUUACUGUUAUUUAUGUAAUGAUAAUUGUUACCCACACGUGAUUAUAUGUCAUAAUCAAUUAUCAGAAUUGAGCAAAUUAAUUUACCUAAAGUAUGAACAUGUUCUUAGUAUGGAUAUGCCUAUUUCGUCGUCAAUGAGUAUAAAAUUUAUUUUUUAAUAAACAGUUGUUUAGUAGUUUAAUAGUUAGUUUCGUAGAUUUCUCAUAGAUGGCGCUACGGCUAAAAAGUCGUUGAAAAAACCAGAACACGUGCUUACAUAG